UUUUUUUCUUCCUUUUAAACUUGGAUUUCAGUGCCACACUCCUUCCAAAUACACUCUUUUGGCUGUCCCUUUUUAAUCAUCUUCAUACCAGCCAUGGUUGUAACACAGGAGCAUGAGGUACCUAGUGGAUGGCCACUUGGACUCGAAAACAUGAACAUAAGGCUUAGAGUAGCUGAGAGAUCUCAGGUUGCAACAGCUGCAGCAGGAGAAGCAGCAUACCGUUUAUACGUAUCUUCGCCUAGUUUCUCAUCUUUUUCAUCCUCCAGCCUUGACACUCAGUCUACUAUGUCUUUUUUCCAAGAUCAAAGUGUUUCUCUAGGCCGACUUAUCGGUAUCAAACCAGGAAGCAGAGGAAGACCGGAGUUUUCAAACAGAGUUCAUAAUGAGAAUGUUUCUGCUACAAAAUCAGAGUCAGACGAUUACAAGGGACAAGAAGGGGAUAAUAUGUCACAGAAACUUUGUGUUCCAUUGCUACAUAAUGUGUUAGAGAAGAUGAGUCGUAGUAAGAGUAAUUCACACACACCUAAAAACUGAUUUUUCCACUAAUUGAUUGUGACACCAGUGAUGUUGCUUUGUUAAUUCUGUUUUUCUUUCGAUUUCUUCUUUUUAUUUUGAUAAUAAAAUUGUACUUAGUGAAAAAAUAACACAAAACUAUUACCAGCCCAUGAGGCUCUCAACAACAAAGACAAACACAAAAAUUGAUUAACUAAA